AUGGACAAAAAGACCGGCCAAUUAACGUCUGCUCCAUCUCUCAAACCUCUCCAUAUAACGCAACCAUCCAUCGUUAUUAACAACCGGUCGUUUAAUACUGAAUAUAAACACGAGUACGACAGUCUAUUAACUCGUAAUCGUCUGAAUACAAGUCCAAUACGUUCAUUUCCAGCUAAUAACACCAAUCUGGAGCAAGGAAGACAUGCACCUAUUGUCCCAAACGACGCUGAUUGGCAGGUUUUAAAGGUACUUCAGAGUCCGUUUUGUGUCCCUACACCCCAUCAAUUGGAAUUAGUGCAACUUAAGCACGUGAAUUAUGGUGUCCGAUGGACAAAUGUCCACGAACUCGAGUCGCUGGAGCCCAAGUUAAACGUCUUGACAUUUGAAAAAGCGACACUAGUCGAAGUAUUAACAGGUGGUUUUCUAUCAGCCAUGUGUUUGGUUUGUUAUGCUCUUGUAGGAUGCAGUAAUCCAGGUAUUGUUACAAGAAUUACCAUGCCUCUAGAUGACACUUAUACAUACUGCGACUAUUGUGAUUCGUAUCGACCAGAAGGAGCUUUGCAUUGUAUGGAUUGUCGAGUGUGUAUUGAAGAAUAUGAUCAUCAUUGUCCAUGGACGAGUAAAUGUGUAGGCAAAGGGAACAUCCGUUACUUUUACGCAUGGCUUUUAUUUCUAGUGCUGGCGUUUGUUUACGAAGUUAUCGAGUUUGCAACGUAUUUGCUGCCACCCGAUGGUCCAGAAAGUUUCUUAGAUUCAUCGGAUGACUCUUUGGAGAUAAUUUUCCCCGUUAUCACACCCAUCUCACAUUUGUAA